AUGGUUCACACAGCCCAGGAUUCUGCUGCAGGCCCAGCACCUAUACUUCGUCCGAAACUUUCUGAGUUGGCCGCCCAGAUUGCUGAAAAUGCAAAAAUUCUUGAGGAUUACAUCGAAUCACAGGGUCUCCCGUACCCAUCAUUCGCUGCAGACGGACCAGCAAAGUUCCCUCUGCCACCCGCAGGGUCAACGCCGGAGGUUGAAAAGCUACACGCUGCAAGGAUUCAAGUCCUAGAAGCCUCCAAGUCUAUGUUGGAUCUAACUGCAGGCCCAAGUGAAAUGCUUCAAUGGCUUGUCUGGGGAUUUAAUGACACCUCGACUAUCCAUGUCAUCCAUCACUUCAAAAUCGCCCAGCAUGUUCCAGAGACCGGUGAUAUUUCGUUCACCGAGCUGAGCGAAAAGAUCAACGUCUCGUCUCUCAAGCUUCGUCAAAUUCUUCGCUAUGCUAUGACAAACCGCAUAUUCUGCGAGCCCCGCCAAGGGUACAUUGGCCAUACUGCCUUAUCUCUACUUCUCCGCAAUGAAGAUUCGCCGGAGUGGGCAUGGAUAGGCUACAAUACCGAAGAACUUUGCCGUACUGGACCUGCCCUCGUACCAUGUCUUGAGAAGUACCCGCAUAGCCAAGAACUCAAUGAAACGCCCUGGUCUGUGGCACACAAAGACCAAGGGUUCUUUGAGUAUAUGGAUGAGAACCCUGAAAGUGCGAAGCGGUUUGGUGUAUGUAUGUCUCUAUGGAGUUCCGGAGAUGGAUUGAAGGUUGCGCCUUUGGUCACAGGUUACGAUUGGGGGAAAUUGCCCGAGGGUGCAACAGUAGUCGAUGUUGGUGGUGCUACCGGAUUCGUUUCUCUUGAGAUCGCAAAGGCAAAUCCAUCCCUGAAAUUCAUAAUUGAGGACAUUGCCCCUCUUUCUCUAGAACAAGGCAAGAAGAACCUAGCCCGAGAUCACCCUGAUCUCGUAGAAAGAUUUGAAUUUCGCCAGCAUGAUUUCAUGACCGAACAGCCAGUCAAAGGUGCCGAUGCAUAUCUGGUUCGAUUUAUUCUUCACGACUGGCCGGAUAAAUAUGUUCACCAGAUUUUGAAGAGCUUAAUCCCAGCUUUCAAGAAUGGAACUAAGCUUAUUGUAAGCGAUUUCGUUAUACCGCCAGCGAAUGUUUUGCCUCCGAGAGAGGAGCGGACGGUUAGAGCAUUGGAUCUUGUCAUUUUCAAGGCCUAUAACUCGAAUGAACGAGAGGAGGCAGACUGGAGAAGACUAUUUGCGGAAGUAGAUACAAGACUCCGGGUUGACAGCAUAACAAGGCCGGCUAACUCGUUAUUGUGGGUCCUGGAGCUUACCUUUGUUGACGAGUAA